AUUUAAAAGUUUUGGGUUCCUGAAAUGGGGAGGUGAGAGCAACCAUGGAGGGUAAAACACGCACCUUACGAGUGCCAUCUUGCAAGUGGGUAACCGUAGGAUGGGACUUGGAUAAGGAACUAGAUAAGGACGAUAGAGAUGAUGAUGGGCCAUGGUUAUGGGAUGGUGAUGAUGAUGGGCCAUGGUUAUGGGAAGGUGAGGAUGAUGGGCCAUGGGUAGGUGAUGACGAUGGGCUUUUCAUGGGUAAUGAAGGUGAGACAUGAUGAGUUGAAUUUAUAUACAUAUUAAUGUGGAAUUGUUACCUUGAUGUUAUUGAUAUUUGGAUGAGUUUUAUGAGAUUUUACAUGGUUCACAUUUUUUGUGCGGAAAAGGACUUGAAUGCAUAAAAAUAAAAGUUUUUGAGAUUA